AUGGAGUUAGCAACCCCAUCAACAAAACCUAAAUAUUCGAGCCCCAUAAUGAUGAACCCUACCCCCAACAGUACUACUCCCACCACAAUGGGAGUCCCGCCUUCUACUCCUAGUCGCUAUGAGAACCAAAAGCGUCGAGAUUGGAACACUUUUUGUCAGUACCUUAGAAACCACAAGCCUCCCCUCUCACUUUCCACCUGUAAUGGUGCCCAUGUCCUUGACUUCCUUUGCUACCUUGACCAAUUUGGCAAGACCAAAGUGCACAAUCAAACUUGUCGAUUCUUUGGCAACCCCAAGCCACCAGCACUGUGCCCUUGCCCACUGCGGCAAGCCUGGGGAAGUCUUGAUGCACUCAUUGGACGGCUUAGAGCAGCCUACGAGGCGCAUGGAGGGAAGCCUGAAGGGAAUCCUUUUGGUGCAAGAGCAGUGAGGAUUUACUUGAGGGAGGUCAGGGAUUUUCAGGCUAAAGCAAGAGGAGUUAGCUAUACAAAGAAGCGCAAAAGGACUAAGCUGAAGGGAACACCACCACCACAACCACCACAAGCAUCAUCUGAGAAUAAAUACUGA